GACCAACCAACCAACCAGCUACGCACGCAUCAUCGCUUCGCCAAGCUAGUUGCUCGCUCGGCGCUCGCUCGCUCUCCCCCACCGUACAGAGAGGGGGGGAGGGAGGAGCUGCUCCGAUGUGGGCGCUUGGCUCGCCGGGGAGGCUGCCGACGAUGGAGGAGCGCGACGAGGAGGACGCGGACCCGUUCAGCCACCGGGCGCGCGGCGCGAUGGCCUCCUGCUGGGGCCGCUUCGGCGUCGCCGCGCUGUGGCGCAGGCUGCGGCAGCACCUCAGCCUGGCGCGGCGCAGGCGGCGGCUCGGCCGCUCCUCCACCCUCGGCGCCGGCGGCCUCAACUACGACCCGCUCAGCUACGCGCAGAACUUCGACGACGGCUGCCUCGAGGAGCGGGAGCCGGACUUCAGCGCCAGGUUCGCGCCCGCGCGGCACUCGCCGAGGCCGACCGUGGGCGCGGAUCGGGACGUCGCCGCCGCUUGACGCCGCCCCGGGUCCGCUCUUGCCGCCGUGCAUACGGAUCGGAGCUUUUAGCACUCCUCGUGCGCCUACGCAGAGUGGCAGACUGCUGGUAACUGCCCCUCCAACACGUCUUCAGUUGAAUGUACAUGAUACAUGUCUGUCGCAGGCUCGCAUGAAAUAUGUAAGUAGAGUCGAUAUAGCUUUAAUCGAGCUCAUCUCAUCAGAGACAAAAAAAAACUCUUGCCAAUUUGCUGGUUUCUGCAGCAUUCUUGCCGGUUUGCUUGUUCUGCAGCGUUCUUGCAGAAGUUGCAGGGAUUCUUGAAGUUUUUCUUUUGCUAGUGUUUAUGUCCA